UACAACGACUGCUUGACAUUCUUUUUUUUCUGCUACACCUGCCUUUCAAUGCAGUCAUUUAAUCUGGUUGCACUCUCCUAUGACAGACUGAUGGCUAUCAUCUUCCCACUGCACUAUCACGUGAAGGUGACCCAUAGGUUCAUGUUUUCUUUGAUUGCCUUUUUCUGGGUAUUUGUUUUAAUUGCUCUACUCAUUGCAGUGGGUCUUCUUACAAGACUUUCCAUCUGUAAAUCUGUGGUUAUUAACAGCUAUUUCUGUGACCAUGGCCAGAUAUACAGACUUGCGUGCAAUGACCAUUUUCCCAAUUAUGUCAUUAGUUGUUUAUACCCAGUUCUUAUGUUUUGGGUUCCACUCGUUUUUAUCUUGUUAAGUUACCUAUAUAUUGUCUGUACUUUGGCUAAAGUGGCCACAGUUCAACAAGGACUCAAGGCCUUUAAAACAUGCAUAGGUCAUCUCUCAUUAGUGGCAAUUUAUUUCAUCCCACUGUUAAUCACAUUUACCUUGAUGGAAAAUAUACAUCCAAAUGCCAGGAUCAUAAACCUGUCUCUGACCUCGAUCUUCCCUCCUAUGUUGAACCCGAUCAUUUAUGUCCUGCAGACACAAGAAAUCAAAGAAUCUGUGAAAAGGUUGUUAAAAAUCAGAAAGAAGUCCAAAAUUACGAUGCAAACAUUAACCAUAAUGUAG